UUAUGGUUAUCAUGAGAACGAAGAAGAGUUUAUUAAGAUGAAGUUGUACAAUCCAAGAAUAAUUCCCAAAAUGGAGCUAUAUUGAACAAGUCAUUUCAACCACACGAAGCUCAUGUUCCUUAUAUUCUACAGAAAUUUAUGCCUGGAUCCUACUGUGAAAAAAGUCAGUCGUUGUGAACUUGAAGUUGAUGUAAUUGCUGAAGACAUCUUGAAUCAAAUAAAUGUUGAAAGUUGUAUUGGUCAUAAUCCUGGUAUAACUGCUAUGUGGGAAGAUGAAAGACAACGAAGACGAGAUAUUGGACUAUCUUCACAAGUUCCUCUUCCUGUUUCACAAGGUAGUGAUGAUGAACAUGAUGAAGAUAUUUAUGAAGAUAAAGAAUCAAUAUUAAUGUCACAGCCAUUUUGGAAAGAUGAUGAAGAGGAACAUGAUUCCCAAAGUUCGGAGGAUGAAGAGGAAAUGGACUGGAAACCACCUUUACGUAUGUCUCAAGUGGAUGGUCUUGGUGAUGACGAGGACUUCAGGGGACAUGUGUAGUCAAUCAGUUUUCACUCCGCGAGAGAAUCUCGAAACACUAAACACGCGUGUCUGGGUGUAAUCUCGCGUGUCUGGAUGCAGAAAGUUCUCUCUCAUCCUAAAUGUACAGCAGCCGUUCGACAAACAUCAUUUAGUAAAGAUGGAAGGUAAAUUUUACAUGUUACGUUUCAUCUCACGGGAACAAUUUCUUUGUUUACCCAUGUAAAAUUAUUGUUUUUUGAACAUUUUUCAAAGUCAAGGAAAGCAUGUGAAAAGAACAUAGAUAACAUUUUCAUAAUGAUAAAAUAACAUGUUUUUCUCAUUAAAACUUUCACUUUGCGAAGAUA